GGACGCGGACAGAGGAGGGGGGGUGGGGGCGUCAGUGUCGGUGUGGCCGGGCUCCGCUGGUGGCUGUGCAUGCAUGUGUUCUGCUCCGUACGGCCGCAAAAAGCGCCCCAGGUCCGCAGGGAGCGUGUUCCCCUCCGGUAAGGGGGCGCACACGGACCCGGAGCGGCGGCAGAGCGCGGGGGGGCCGGUGGACGGCAGCAGGAUGACUGUGCAGGAAUUCAACACGCUCGUGGCGCUGUACCGGGAGCAGGUGAUCUCCGUGGGGGAGGUGUCCGCAGACUGCCCCUCUCUGCGGGCGCAGAUGCACCACACGCGGGCCAAAGGAUGCUCCAUGGCCCGGGCCGCGCACCGGGACCUGGCCCUCAUCUCUGUGUCAGGUCCAGAGGAUGGGGAGAUCCACCCAGAGAUCUGUCGUCUCUUCAUCCAGCUGCAGUGCUGUCUGGAGAUGUUCAUCACAGAGAUGUUGAAGUCCAUGUGUCUGCUGGGGGUUCUGCAGCUGCACAGAAAAAGAACCGACUCGGAGCCUAAGGUGGACUUCAGGGUGGACGAGAGCUCCGACGUCCCCAUCCUGGACGAGCGCUCCUCGUCCCCCACCGACUCCCCCCAGGAGCCGUGGAUGGUGGGAACCGACAUUGACAACAUCGAGAGAGACAUGAAGGAGAUGAGGAACCUGCUCAGUAAACUCAGGGACACCAUGCCUUUGCCUCUGAAGAACCAAGACGACAGCAGUCUGUUGAAUCUGACUCCUCACCCUCUGAUCCGACAGAGGAAACGCCGUUUUCCUGGACUUUGCUGCAUGGUUUCUGGCUGAUCCACGUCCGACUCUUCGAAACCAGGAUUGUCUUUCAUCGUAUCUUCACCUCUUCUUCUUCUUCUUCUUCUUCUUCUUCGUAUCUGUGCUCGUUCGUCCAUUGUUUUAUUCGUCCACUGCAGUCGUUUCCACUGUCGAUCAGUGACUAUUACUUUAACCGUCAUUUUGUUGAUAAAACAUCAGGAAAAUGUCUUUACUUUUGUCCGAUUGCUUAUAUUAUUCAGUCUAAAACCCAAAGAUAUUCAAUUUAUUUUCAGAUGCAACAAAGAAAACAGAUCUUUAUAUUUGAGAAGCUGUGACCUGUUGAAUUUUGGCUUUUUCUGCGACAGAACCUAUCAAUGAGAUCAACUGUUGGAAUUCUAUUUUAUAUUGAGUCAUCUGCUGUUGCAGCUCAGAUCUUUAUACUGAUAUUUACUUCUAUGAAUAUUUAGGUUUUUUCCCAUAAAUUUAUUUUUAAAAAAUAUCUGAGAACAUUUUGUUUAUUUUUUUCCCCAUAAAUUCAUCACUUAAAAUGUGAGAAUAUUCAUCAAUUAAAUGAGAAUAUUUUUUUUACUGUAAAUGUGUCACUUAAGUCUGAGAAUAAAUAUUUUUUUCCCAUAAACGUAUCAGAUAAAUGUAAGAAUAUUUCAUUUUUUCCAUAAGUUUGUCUCUUAAAUUGGAGAAUUUUUAGUUUUUCCCCGUACAUUUAUCCCUGACAACAUUUAC